AUGGCUAAUAAUCUAUUAGAAUAUGAUGAAAGUAAAUUUUACCAACAGCUUUUCAAGGACUUCAACAAAACCAAAGAAGACCUGAAUAGCUUUAUUAAUAUGAUGAAAAAAUGGGCUGAAACUCAGAAGCAUUUUCCCGAGAAACCAAAUGUUAAUUUGCUUCGUUUUGUCAUUUUGUAUAAUAAAUUCAGUAUAGAAGCAGCCAAGCAAAAGCUGGACAUGUUUUAUACGGCAAGAAGUUUAGUGCCGGAAUUUUUCCGUAAUAAUCCCUUGACUAAAGAUAUGAUUUUUCAAAGGAACAUAUGGUACAUAGUUCCACUCCCAAAAUUAGCAGACGACCAUGUUAGAAUCAUCUACCAGAAAUUGAAUCCGGAGUAUGCAGAUCCAAAAUAUUUUGUUCAUGAACAUCUGCAAGUCCAGUUUUUACAUUUAUUGACUUUGAUUGCCGAAAAUGACUUGUCUUAUCGUAUUCAUUACAUUUGCGAUUGUGAUUGCACGAAAUUGGGACAUGCUGUCAAGACAAAUCUUAUGAUUUUAAAGAAGUCUCAGAUUGUUUUGGAAAAAGUGUUUUCCAAUCGAAUAGUUUCGCUGUACAUGGUAAACUUUCCGGCGUUUUUGGAAAACUUUGUUAACACAGUUGCCAAACCAAUUCUUAAUAAAAAAUUAAGAGAACGACUCCAAAUACAUUCUGGUACUGAGAUUCUAUUUAAAUUAUUCGGCAAGGAGCGAAUGCCGAGAGAUAUAGGAGGCGAAGAGAAGUCCUUAGAGGAAUUAAAUGACAUGUUGCAUCAACAAUAUGAACUUCACAAAGAUCGAUUUCUUGAACUGGAAAAACUAACCGUAGAUGAAUCUUUAAGACCGGCCAAACUGAAAAAUGACGAAAUUCUUGGUUAUUAUGGAAAUUUUAGGAAAAUUAAUGUUGAUUGA